GCUCAGCUCGGGAGGCUGCGGCGGAGCCGGGAGGAGGUGGCGGUGCAGGGCGGGCGCUGCGCCCCGCUGAGGAGCAGGAUGCAGCCGGGGCUGUGAGGCCGGGCGGCGGCGGGGAGGUCGGAUGCGGAUCUCGGGGUGCCGCUGAGGAGGCUGGUCCCCGAGCUCGGAGACGGGUCCGGACGCCCCCGCCGCGCCGCGCCGGUCCGUGACGCUGGGGCCGACACGAUGAAGGAUUUGGGGGCCGAGCACUUGGCAGGUGGCGAAGGGGUUCAGCUUUUCGGAUUGUUGAACUUCUACCUGGAACAAGAACAGAGAUACCAACCUCGGGAAAAAGGGCUGACCUUGAUGGAGGCUACCCCGGAGAAUGAUAAUACUUUGUGUUCAAGACUGAGAAAUGCCAAAGUGGAAGAUUUAAGAAGUUUAACUAACUUCUUUGGAUCUGGCACUGAAACUUUCGUUCUGGCUGUCAAUAUUUUGGAUAGAUUCUUGGCCCUUAUGAAGGUGAAACCGAAACACCUGUCCUGCAUUGGCGUCUGCUGCUUUUUGCUGGCCGCCAGGCUGGCGGAAGAAGAAGGUGACGUUCCCCCCACGCACGACGUGAUCCGGAUCAGUCAGUGUAAAUGCACAGCGUCUGACAUUAAACGCAUGGAGAAAAUCAUCUCAGAGAAACUGCACUAUGAGCUGGAAGCUACCACUGCCUUAAACUUUUUGCACUUGUACCACGCGAUUGUAUUUUGUCAUACUUCAGAAAGGAAGGAAAUUCUCAGCCUCGAUAAACUCGAAGCUCAGCUGAAAGCUUGCAACUGCCGACUUGUCUUCUCAAAAGCAAAACCAUCUGUAUUAGCUCUGUGCCUUCUCAAUUUGGAAAUAGAAACGAUAAAAUCCGUGGAAUUGCUGGAAAUUCUCCUGCUUGUUAAAAAACAUUUGAAGAUCAGCGACACUGAAUUCUUUUACUGGAGGGAACUGGUUUCUAAAUGCCUAGCAGAGUAUUCUUCGCCUCAGUGCUGCAAGCCUGAUCUGAAGAAGCUGGUUUGGAUUGUUUCUCGACGCACUGCGCAAAACCUCCACAACAGCUACUACAGUGUUCCUGAGCUGCCCACUAUCCCAGAGGGGGGUUGCUUUGACGGAAGUGAAAGUGAGGACUCUGGUGAAGACAUGAGUUGUGGAGAGGAGAGUCUGAGCAGCUCCCCUCCCGGCGAUCAGGAGUGCACCUUCUUCUUUGACUUCCAAGUGGCUCAGACGCUGUGCUUUCCACCAUAGAGGUCACAUGUCUGUGUCAGGGUUUAAAGUGUGUGUACCUGUUUCAAAGCAAUACAUGGGGUGUGGGUAGUUUUCUAGUCCAGCCCCCGUCUAGACAGGAAUUUCACAGACUGGAAUACCUACCUUCUAUUUAUUAUUCAGAUCAGAUCUGGCCUAUUUUCAUAUUUAAUCCUAAGCCAUCAAAUGGGUUAGUGCCUCUUAUCAGUACUUUAAACGUUGGCACUUUAUUUUUUGUUGACAUUUAUCUUGGGGAGGAGGGAAGGUGCAGAUUCCUUCAUUCCUUCUCAGGACUUGGAAAGAUGAAUAGUGUAGCCUGUCUGAAACUGUAGAGCCUUCAGGUGUCUUUAUUUAAUAGGUUGGGAGUGUGCAAGGGCUUCCUCAGCAGGGACAGAAGGCAAUCCUUUCAUGGUUUAUCUUGGAUUUCCUUCUCCCUUGUUCUCAUAACAGAGACUGCAGUACUCUUGAGUGUCAAACACCAAUUCUGUUUUUCUAAUGGUGUGUAUUGUCCGAUACAGAUCCUAUACGUUAAGAAUUGACACGUCUGUGAAUUUUAGUUCAUAAACGUCUUGAGCUUUCUGCUGAAGCAGAAGUCGCCAUCAAGCUAGGACUGUUAGUUGCAUUCUUAAUGCCUAAGUAUUGUCAGACUGUAGUGUUAUUUUAGUGUUACCUAAAACGUUCAUAAUCUGCUAGCUUUGCAUGCACCUGUGUGAAAGCAGAACAGGAAAUGGAACAGAUAGGAACAGAACAGGAAAUGGAAUUGAUAAGUGCUGAUUUAGCUCAUCUCACUUUCUUGUAUUAAAAUAUCUGCAUGAUUACUUUCUAAUUGUUUUAUAAUUCACAUUUCAUAAUGUAUUGUAUAUGGGUGCCAAGAUGUGAAUAUGAAGUGAAAGACCUCCAGUGUUUGUAGUGUUAGUUUAAAGCAAUUCUGUGUGGUGAUAGAGCCAUAAGGAUGAAGAUGUGUACACUCUGUACACUAAAGCUUUUGUACAGAGAAUUUUUAACUUUAUAAACCUAUGUGAAAAUGUAAAUCUUUAAAAAUGUACAUAAAAUACUGUAUUUUUUUACCUUUGUGUGUGAUAAUUGGUCAGUGCAUGUAAAUAUAAUUUAUUGUGUGUUCUAUAUUAUGCUCAGACAUUGAUGACUUACUUUUUAUUAGUAAGUCAACACCCAGUGAGGUGUUUUCCAAAGUAGAUUUUUUUGAAUUCCGAAUAGGUCAUAAUUCAAAAAUAAAAAUAUUAAUGAAUUCUCCUUACACGUAUUCCUAUUUCAGUUUUUAAUUGAUUUUUGGUAAAAGUACUUGGUGCAUUUUAAUGUGAAGGCUUGAAGUGAGGCUGGAGGGUCUGACAUAGCUUUGUAACUGCUGAUGAGCCCCCUGGAUUGGAGUUCGUCAUCAGUUUGUCCCUUAGUUUUAGAAAUACCAAAAAGCACUCUGGCACUUGAGAAUUGACCUGUCUCCAGGUGGAUUCAUAUUAAGCUUUCAGGAAUGGCACAUUAAUCCGAAUGCCUGUUUCUUCACAGUGAAAGCCAAUGACACAGUACCAGGUAGGCCAGUCUGGUGAACCAUGUGAUCUCUGGAGUGCUGCUGGGUAAAUAAGUAUGUCAUGCUUGGUAAUGGAGGCCCACUAGUUCCUAGCACAUUGCUUUUGGUAA